AUGAUCAUCGGUUGCUCCAAACUUUGUAAUCUACUGAAAUCAUCGCUUUAUUAUCGUAGAAUUCAACCGAUCACUGCUUGUAGCCUUUUGUUGUGGAGACGUUCCCAAUCACACUGCAAGGUCAAUUUAUCUACUCGUGAUCUUGUGGAAGUGGUUAACCAAAAAGCCAAAAUUCACAAAUAUAUAAAGCCACAAGAGCCUGAAGAACCUUUGUACGUGAAUAGCCUGGAAAGAUGUGACUCAGAAGAGGAUUUGAACGUCAUAUCGGAAAAUGAUCAGUUGGAUUUUGGUGCUCUUAGUGCGGAUAAUGUAUGUCAACAACCAUAUCAUGAGUCACUUGUUAAUCGAUCAAUUAAGAACAUAGAAAAAAAGUCAGUUAUCGAUGAACUAUUGAGUACUGAUGAAGUUGAAGAAGAUCCUGCUGACUGUUUAAGAUUAAGUAAAGUUUAUCGUCGUCAUCCUCCUGAACAUUAUUGUGAAUUAAUAAAACGUUAUUGUAAAGCAGGUGAUACAAAUUCAGCAUUAUCUGUAUUUUUCUCUGAAAUGUUGGAAAAGGAUCGUGUUCUUCCAUCGAGAUUUCAUGCUCAUAUGGUUCUGGAUGGUUUGGCCAGAGUUGGAGACAGUGAGAAUGCAUUUCGCGUUUAUAAAAAGAUGACUGAAUUGGGUAUCGAUGCAACCCAGGCAACUUACUCACGUCUGUUUCGCGCUUGCGCUGAGGAUAUUGCAACAUGGUUUCGAAAGAAUAGAACUUUUAUGCCACCUGUUGUAAAUCGUACUGAGAACCAUUCAUUGUUAUUACAGCGUAAAAUGCUGGCUCUUCAGAAAGCGUUGGCUCCAGACAUGUCACCAGAUAACUUUGGUGGACCUGCACUUCAUAAAGUGUAUCUUUUCUGGCGUCGUUUAAUGGAAAAAAAUAUCCCAAUGAAUCAAUUUACAUACAAUACACUUAUUUUGGCUCUUGCCAAAGCUGGUGAUAUUCAUGGUUGUCUGCGUGCCUUGGAUAUGAUGUUGGCAACUGAAAAUAUUGAUCGUUUUUCUCGAAAAUCAAUUGGAUGUAAAAAUAAAUUGUUGUUUGCCGAUUCUUUCACAAUAUCAUCUGUACUCUCGGCUAUUGAACCAGCUAGUGCGAAGAGAAAUCUCGAAUCGUGUCGUCGACGUAUGGGUUUAUCGAAACAAUCAGCGAACUCAAAUGAUGUUUUCAAUCGUGUUAGCCCAUUCCAACUAGCUUUAUCUUUAUGGCAUGAUUUAGUUCCAUUGUCAAAUAAUGAUGUUGCUCCGCAUCAUUUCACUUUACUAGCCAGAAUAAUGGGGUUGCAAAAUGACUGUUUGGAUGCAAAUAAUAAUUGUGAAAUAGUUUUUGUGAAUAACACUCGUUAUAAGUCAUUUCAAGAUAUAUUUAAAUCUUCUUCUGGCGACUCAUCCAGUUCUGUAAAUCUAAUACAUCCUUCCUGUACAUCACGUGAAUUGGCGUCAAUGAUGAUUGCACAAGCUACACAAUCUUCAUUAUUAAGCAGCACGUCUACCGUUGAAUUAAAGUCGACCAGUAGUGAAUCAAUGAUUGACGAAACACCGGAAUCCCUUCAGUUUGAUUGGAAUGAUACAAUGUUAGCACUUCGUAGCCCAAUAAAUCUUCUUUUGCCUACUGAUAAACCAAUAGUAAUUUGUGGACCAAAAGACCAAUGUAUGUAUCCUUGGCAACGUCUUGCUCUCGUUGGUGGAUUGUGUGGUCUCCUGGAUACUGUUGAGAAUCGUUACGAAUUGAAAGUGAAUAUUAGUUUUUUCACUUGUAUCGUCAGUUUGUUGCCACCACCAGUGAAAUCUGAUCAGUGUUACACAAAUGAUGCUUUUGAUACUUGGGAAACAGAAGUUUUAAAUUUACUUUCAAAGUUUAAACUAACUGCUGAUACUGCAUUAUACAAUUCUUUUAUUCAUCGUAGAACAUCAUCUGGUUUGAAUGCUAAUCAUUUAUUAGCAGAUAUGACUCGUAAAGGGUUAAUUCCUGACCAAAUUACUUGGGGUUGCCUAGCUCGAGGUUGUCAAACAAAAGAGUCAGUUAAACAACUUCUACGUGGAUAUGAGAUCGCUGCUACAACCCCACUAUCUUCCAUUGAUUUGGAGACUAACAGUAUACCUCGUGAACAAAAUAUCCACUCACAAAUUGUUAGACCAAGUUUCACAUUCUUCAGUACUUUACUAUCAACAUCUGGAUUUAAUUGGGAGUUGAAGGCAUUUGUUAUUGAAUAUAUGAGGUGUCCAAUUCACAUAGAUGAGUUGUCUGAUAAGAAAUCUGCCAUACCGAAACGCGAUGUAUAUGGAAACCAAGUAUCCAAUCAUUUUGAUGGAUUUGUGUUAGAUCGCCGAGUAAUCGCAUCUAUUGAUAUAGAUAUUGGUUUGUUUCGAGAGCUUUUGGCGAAUGGUGUAAUUCCGAAAGAUGGUUCACCUGUUCACGAAUCAAAAACUGGUGGAUUUCAUGUCUAUCCAAAUGCUGUUCGUUCAUUUUAUAGAUUUUAUAAGAUCUAUAAAUCUUGGCUGCGUGAAAGUCCUGUGGCGAAACCUUGUUAA